CCUGCCCUUUUACUUUCGGCCGCCGGCACUUGGCCGCAGGCUGCCGCCGCCGCUGGCCGGCCCCCCCUCCCCCCCCCCCCCGGGCGCUAUGGGCACCCCCCAGCCGGCCUGGCCCCGUCCCCCGGCGGGCAUGUGAGCCCCCCUUCGUCCUCCUCCUCCCCGUCCCGUCCCCAGCGCCAUGCCGGCAGCCUGCACCCUGCUGCUGCUGCUGCUGGGGCUGGGGCUGGCCCCGCCGGCCGGGUCGCUGCCCCUCGCACCCCCUCUCCGGCGCCUUCCUCCUCCUCCUCCUCCUCCUCCUCUUCCAUCGCCUCGCAGCCGCCUCGGCCGCCCCUGCUCGCCGCCCGCCGCGGGACACGCCGGCUGCCCCGUCGUUGACAGCCAUCAGGUGAGGAGAAUUUCGGACACGGCAAUGAGGACUUCCAGCUCUCUCGUGGGUGACGUGGAGCUUGUGACGAUGCUGGCCAGCAGCAGGGCGCCAGGGGCAGACCAUUUCGGUUCCCCCACCAGCACUGGGGCUUUCCCCCUGCCAGGAGCGGGGGGCACAGCGAGCAGCCCCCCUCCCGCCACUGGAAGCCAGGUGAGAGGCAAGAGGACGCUGGCUUCUCCUGGAGACCCUGCAGACACAGAGACGAUGCCAACAGCGGGGCCAGCCUGGUCCUUGUCCCCAGCUUCACGGUCUCAUAGGGUGCUCCCCAGCACCCCCGUGCCUGACUCCCCGGGGCAGCCCUCGUCCUCCCACCAUGCUCCCAGCACCCAGACUGGUGUGAGCAGUGCCACGCUGCACUCCGGGGACGCCACGGGGAGCUCUGCAAGCCCUACGCUUACAGCAUUGCCUGCCUCUGAAAACACUUCCAGAGCUGCUGGAAGCAGCUACCAGCCGUCCAACAGCUCAGCAUCAGAGAAGAGAAUUUGGGGGUUUCAUGCCACCAACUCCUCCAUGUCCACGACAGCCACCAGAGGUGUCGGGAGGACGUUACGGUCUCUGCCAGCCAGCACCAGACUGGCCCAUGCAGCAGAGAUUUCCACCUCUGGUAUGGAAACCAUCACCUCUCCAGACCGGACCCGGUCCCCUGGCCCAUCGGUGGGAGCAGAAGCUGGUGGUGGCACGGGUGCCAUCGUAUCCUCCACAGCCCUGCUGCUCGCCCACUCAUCAUCUGCCUCGGGCAGCGCUGCCACGUCUUUUCACAGCAGUCAUGGACCCAAGAGCAUACCAGCCACAGGAGAGGCAAUGCUGCGCUCAGACGUGUCCCCCGCACUCCCCAGUGUGGCUGUGGGAACACUGGGGUCCCCCUCGAGCUCUGCCACCAGCCCUGACCCCUCCAGCAGUUUGGGACAGACCUUGUCCUCCUCGGUGGCCAAGGCACACCAAACUGAUGGCUUGCAGGGAGACACAGACCUCACUGAGCAUCCCCAGGAGCUCACCAGCUUGCUGUCUGCCUCUGAACAUGUUUUUACAGGCAUCAGAAGCAGCCGUCAACCAACUGACACAUCGACAGCAGAGAAAGAAACCUCAGCUUCCUCUACCACCAGUGCUUACGUUUCAGCCGCCACCACCGGGAGCGGAGGGAGGCCACCAAGGUCUGUCACAAACAGCAGCCGAUGGGCGACAGAAGUCUCUGCUUCCAGCAGUGGCGUGUCCAGGACCUCGGGCACCAUCGGAUCCUCACCAUCUUCUCCUGUAAGAGUGACCUAUGGAGCGCGUGGGGCCAGAGAGACCACAGGUUUCAGCCAGCCUGUGGAAGAGCCUUUGCUGCCACACUCUCACUCUCCUGCAGAAGGUCCUACAGCUACUGGAAGUAGCCUUGUGUCAUUCAGCAUCCUGACAACGGAGAGGAGAACUGAUUUUGACGCCAUCAGCUCCUCCAUGUCCACGACAGCCACCAGAGGUGCCGGGAGGACGUUACGGUCUCUGCCAGCCAGUACCAGACUGGCCCAUGCAGCAGAGAUUUCCACCUCUGGUACAGAAACCAUCACCUCUCCAGACCGGACCCGGUCCCCUGGCCCAUCUGUGGGAGCAGAAGCUGGUGGUGGCACGGGUGCCAUCGUAUCCUCCACAGCCCCGCUGUUCACCCACUUGUCAUCAUCUGCCUUAGGCAGCACUGCCACAGCCGAAGGAGCUAUAACAUCAGCCAGGGGACGAAGCCUGCCUGAUACUCUUCUGACCAGCAUGCCCAGCUUGGUGACAGCCACCAGUGGUGGGGAGAGGACUGUGGAGCCCAUGGUGGACACCAGCACAGGCAGCUCUGCUCCUGCUCAAGCCAGCACCAGCUCCCUGGACGUUGUCCUUCUGCUUUCUUCAGUGACAGAGCCCAGGAGGCAGAGAGAGAUUUCACAGAGCAAUGCUGACCUCAUUGAGCUUCCAACAAAGCCACUGCCCGUGUUUCCUCCUGGUGUUUUGGUGCCUUCAUCCUCACCAAGUGCUUCAGUUCCAGAGAGAGGGCGGUGGCUUUCUGAUGUUCCUACUGAGACUACGUAUGUCUUGACCGUGCUCUCCACCCAUGGGGAGGGGACAUCUCAGGAUGAAGCUAACCGUGGCACAUGGAGGACAGAAGUGGAAAGCCCCACAUCCCACCCAGGCACGGUCGGAGAGCCCCACUCUGGCCCCCUCCCAUCCUUCCCAGCAUGGUCUGGAGGGGGACACGUCUCCUCUGACUAUGCAGGGUACACAGAGCCCAAGGUCACCCUUUCAUCCAGAGUCUCCACCUACUUCUCAGCCUCCAGUGAACCUUCCACUGUGGGAAGCAGCCAUCAUUCCCCCAGCAGCUUGAAUAUGGAGGAAGAGAUUUCCAGCCCCUACACCGAUCCCUCGUACCGUUCAGCCACGUUAGCUGGUGGUGGAGAGGGGACGCAGGUGACAAGCGGUGAUCUGGCCCAUAGCACAGAGAGCUCCGCUUCCUACACAGAGACCGCCAGCUUUUCAGAGCCGAUUUGGCCGGCAUCAGCAGACCAGAGUGGGACAGUCAAUGCCUCAGUUGGCAGCGCGGGCUUCGCAACAGAGACUCUCUUCACACAUUCUUCUGAGAUAGCCACUGAUUCGUCUUUCCAAAAUGAUCUCACAAGCUUUUCAAGUAGCCAUCAGCCAGUCAGUAGCCUCGAUGCUGAGAAAAGGACCUCAGUUUCUCAUACGGAUGGCACAUACAUUUCAACCACGUACACCAGAGGAGGAGAAAGGACCCUCCUGUCUAUCUCAAAUAGCAGCACCUCUGCUGACUCCUCUGAAAGUUCCACCUUUUUUUCAGAAAUUUCCAACCCUUCUGACUCAUCAAAAUCUUCCAUGGCACAGGACAGGAGGAGCAAUGCAUCCAGCAAUGGCAGUUUUGUUGAACCAUCUACGGAGCCGUUGUUGGUGCACUCGUCCCAGCCAUUGACUUCUGCUUCUGUAGGCAACACACAAAAUACGACUCUCUUCGAUGCUGACUCCGAGGUGUUGCCCACUGGCAGAUCAUCUCUAUCUUCAUCAGCAUUUCCACCCUCUUCCUCAGCGUCACCGCUGCAUCACUCGCUCACAUCAACACCACCAACAACUUACCUGUUGGCAACAUCAGAGCCACCCGAGAUGCUCUCGUCCUCUGUGAUGGCAUCUUCAGCUCCUCUGCAGGCUUUGUCAUCCUCUUUGUCCACUUCCUCACUGCUUUCCUCAUCUUAUUCAUUACCAUCGUUACUGCCUCUGUUUUCAUCAGCAUCAUCCAUCUCACAGUCCGACGACAGCGGUCGAAUAAGCACCCCCAUAGCUACGACUGUGGUCAGGCGUGUGCCCUCCACGGCCGCCGUGGCUGGCAGCUCACCCCGAGAGACCAGCAAGCAUGGUGGUACUCGCCAGCCCCCAAACACCACCACCUUCACCUCCACUACGUCUCCCCCGCUUCCCACGGCGCCCACGGAGCAGCUCGGUGGCCGCAUCGCAUCCACGCCUGCUCCCACGGUGGUAACAGAGAGCACCUCACCGAGAGCCGCCACCUCCCAGGGGGGCACCGCUGGGAAGGCACCGCCGCUGCUCACCACAGCCAGUGAAGCCCCGCGGGCAGUGCUGACAGAUGCUCCCCUCAGCACCUCACCAAGUGCAACAAGCCACAGCGCCAUCGUCCCUGCAGUAGCAUUGACCACGGUGAAACCCCUUGUGCUGACAACAUCAGCCAGCCGCUGGCCAACCCCGACUGAUGCUAGCACCAUGAAAACCCACAGAGCUCAAACACCUGCUGCCACUAAACACGUUUAUACCCCUGGGGAAAGGACAGAAGCUACGGAUCUCACCACUGCAAUACCUAGUAAAGUCACCAAGGAAAAUGUGCCUGCUACAAGUCCUCCUGAAGUCCCUCCAACCAUUAAGACCACUGUGAGCAUAAGAACUACUUUGGCUGCUACCAAACGCACCACCAUCCCUCCACCAAGUAGCACAGCUGGCGUGAGGACAUCUCCAGCAACAGAUGUGGAUAAAUGUCUUUCCAACCCUUGUCCUGCAUUGGCCACCUGCAACAACACCCAUGGCUCCUAUGUCUGUCAGUGCCCUCUUGGAUAUGAGCUGGAAAAGGGAAAGUGCAAUUUGGUAAGAAUAUUCAUCGGCCAGGUCCCCCUGAAACCUAACAUUACCCACGGGAAGUACUCAGAUCCCAAGCAAGUGGAGGGUGAAAUCCUGGCAAUGCUGGAUGCCUCGCUGUCAGGCUUGCCUGGGUAUCACCACUCCACAGUCAAAGCCACCAGGGAGGCAAAUUUUGUGCAUGUUUCAGUGCAAUCCACGUUCUCUUUAGCAUCCAACGUGACUUUCUAUGACAUUGUCGGCAGCGUGCAAAGCUACAUUCGGGCUUGCAAAUCUCCCCCCGAUCCCUGCCACUUCAUCUCCAGCUUGAAACCACUCCACAGAGUUGGCAGCUUGUGCAAGCAGAAGGACCCCGAAUGCGACAAGGAGACUUCUGAGUGCACUGACUUCGAUGGGGUUGCACUCUGCCAGUGCAAAAGCGGGUACUUCAAAUACAACAAGAUGGACCAUUCCUGCAGAGCCUGUGAAGAUGGAUAUAAGCUGGAAAACGAGACCUGUGUGAGCUGCCCUUUUGGCUUAGGAGGGUUCAACUGUGGAAACCCAUACCAGCUCAUCACUGUGGUGAUUGCGGCUGCAGGAGGGGGACUUCUGCUUAUUAUGGGCAUAGCGCUGAUUGUCACCUGCUGCCGAAAGAAUAAAAAUGACAUAAGUAAACUCAUUUUCAAGAGUGGGGAUUUCCAGAUGUCACCAUAUGCUGAAUAUCCAAAGAACCCCCGAGCACAAGAGUGGGGCAGAGAGACCAUCGAGAUGCAGGAGAACGGAAGCACCAAGAACCUAUUGCAGAUGACAGAUGUGUAUUACUCGCCAACUGGACUGAGAAAUCCUGAACUGGAAAGGAAUGGACUUUAUCCUCCCUACACUGGUUUGCCUGGAUCUCGACAUUCAUGCAUCUACCCUGGACAAUACAAUCCAUCCUUCAUUAGUGACGAAACCAGAAGAAGAGACUAUUUUUAGCAGGACAGAGAGGGAGUGGAAGACUGACGCAAAUUGGCCCUUGAUCCCUAGGUACAAUGUGUUUCCUGGCAGUUCAGCCCACACCAAUCUUACUCUUCCCAUAUAACAGGACGAUCUUUGAACUCCAUGCCAAGCAUUGCUGACCUGAGGAAUGGUUACACUUGCUGAGCAGCAGUGAGGAAGAGGAGGAAGAGGGAAUGGCUCAAUGUGCACAUCAGUAAAAGACCCAAGCGGAAGCUCGUGCAUGUACUCCGGUUUUGUUCUGUGCUGCUUCUUCACCCUUUACGCUACAUGGCAAGCAUCGAUAAGUACAGGCAGAUGAACUGUGCCCAGCACCCAGUGAAUACCACUAGGGAGUGUUUUGUUUACAGAUCUUGUUCACUGUUGACUGUGCUUGUCUUCUUGGCCAACCUUCAUGCAAAGAUUCACCGUGUGACUGGUUUUAGUAGGACAAGUUUGUCCACUCCCCUUUCCCCUUGCUGCAUUGCUUUUUGCUUCGUAUGUGACAGGAAAUUGGCUAGUCCUCUGGCCCUUACCUUCAUACUGGUAGAAGUUCUCCAAAUGGCCGGGCCCUUGCUGAAGGCUGGUGCCUGGCAGUGUUGGCUGAAUUCAUGGGUUGAUUGUCUCCAAGGAGUAGGGGAAAGUUAGUCAUACCACUGCAGUUAAACUGAAAACAGGCACAGUUGAUUGUGCUGCUCUGAAAACUUACAUAUAUAGGGAAGAGUCUGUGUAUGUUGUCGUUUUGUCAGCCAGCAUGGUUCAGAAGUGAUGACACUACACAUCAUCACAGUGCUUCUGCAUAGGAUCAUAUGAGGCUGUUUACUUGCAGGGAUUUAAAGGCUUAUAAAAACAGCGAUAAAAUGUAAAAUACUUGCUCAUAAGGAAGAAAAACAUGAGCUGGGAAUUCACCGUGCCUCUUAUGUGGAACUCAAGGAAGGAGCAGUAAGGCUAUGUCUCUGGUUGGGCAGGCGGCACGUGAGUUCUGGGCACUGUGGGUGGGACGUAGUUUUCAGCCCUCCACAGCCACCUUGACUUCAGGAGGAGCUGUGGAGGCUUUCAAUACAUUGGAAAAUAAGGCUCUCUGUAGUCGGUUGCAUUUAAGGCAGAGAGAAACGUGAUGCUUUUAAUCCUAGUGGAGCAAAGAUUUCAUAUCAGAAUAGGUUGAUUUCUUCUGUCCUAGUUUCGAGUGAUUCAAACCAGGCAGGUUUCCUCAUCUAGGUGUUAAUUCAUAUCAAUCACCUUGGCAAAAGCUGAAGAAUGUAAGUUAUUAUAUUCCUCACCAAAGAUCAGAUCAAAAGUUUAUUGACUUUUUUUCUUUACAGAGCAGGGUGUCAAAAGAGAUCUUAUUACUGAUGUAUAUUUCCCACUUAUUUUUACUGCAGAGAUAACCUAAGUCAUCGCAACCGCAGUGCCUCUGUAUGCCUCACCCCUUACACACCACCUAAUAACAGCAGUGUGGUCUUGCAGAAAAACAGAUCUUUAUGGAUGCCUGGGGCAGUAGGCUGUGCACUGACGUCAUUUUAUGGUGACAAUGUAUGAGACUUAAUCCACAAUCAAACUUGCAGGUGGUAGUACACUGCUUAUCUUAUGUCACAUGUAGGCAGGGAAUGGAUGCUUAUGCUGCCAAAGGAACUAUAUUUAAGGAACAUUCUAGUUGCAGUAUCCAAAAUAGUGUAACAAGUAAAGCACAAGAAUUGACUGUUCCCAGUGUUUUCAGCCUGUGAAUGACACUCUUCUCCCCGUCAUAAGCAUCCAACAUCUUAAUUACACAGGGUCCACUGGAUGAUGUGAAGCAAGGGCUUGGCCCUGCUGUGUCCUGAGGUCCUUCAAAGAGGAUGUUGGUGGGGUUGUUCUUGCAGGGGUGAGUUUUUUACCUAACACCAACUCUAGUUUUGAGCAUGCCUAGGACGGAUGGGACUGCCUCUCCCAUGGUAUGGAGGAGGGUUUUGUCCCUGUUACAGAUGAAAAUGGGGAAGCUGGGGCUUUGUGCUGGAUCUAAAUCCAAAGUGCAUAGAUGAGCACUAGAAUCUGUCCCUGUCUACUAAAGCAGCUUAUCAAAAACUAAGCAUGUCCCAGCAGUGAUGGUAGGAUUUAGCUGCAUGCCAGCAUUUCCUCAGACAGGAAAGGGUUUAGGUAUUUACUUAUACAAGGUACGUUUAAUCACUUGUUUAGUUUGAAGGCUGUGAAAUGUUCCUUUGUGUGACAGGUGCAAAGACCAAAGUAUGAAAUACCAGCUCACAAAUUCAGAUUAAUCCUUCUAUAUAAAGUGUAACAUAUGGGUUAUAUGAGCAAAACUCCUGGUCUGUAUCAUCUCACAGCAAUUUGCAGAUUGUCAGUGUCUCAAUAAACCCAGCAGGAUUUUCUAGGUGAGGACUGCAAAACCUGGCUCUUUUUCAAAAGAACAAACUUUAUUGCACUGAAAUUUUGUCUCUGCCAGAACAGGUAAAUGUUGGGGAAAUUAUUAUGAAAUUAACCCAUUGCAGCUUCCUUUUGGUUUUGGUGAGAAAAAAGUCAAUGCUUAUGCCACAGGAGAAGGAAAGGGGUCUCUGCUGACCUGCCCCUGCCAAGACCUUUACUGGUGUUCCAGGAAGGGAAGAGGAGAGGAUUUGGGGAGGUGACAGCCCCGAGGUCAGUGCAGGUGCUUACGCGCGUGGGGACCCAGGAAGUGUCAGCCAGCCCUGCUGCUCCCCGCGAAGCGAUCCCUCUGUCUGCACCCAAACCCAACGGCUCCACAAAGGCAGAGAGGAUGGGUGGAGUACAGUGUGUUUUGUCAUGGUUUGACAGUAGCUUUACUGCAAUUAAUUUGCAAUAAAUUACUACCGCAUCCCAGUAGCAAAGGGCUCUCCCUGCUGCAGCAAGAAUGUGACCCGUUUCCGUGCAGCUUGCCUCUGCUGAAACUGCCACCAGGAUCCUCUCCAUCUGCUUGUCUGUUUGCCAUCAACAAAGCGCCUUUUGGUAGUGGUUUUAGGUUUUGCUGAUCCUGCUGGAUAUAAGUCAGGUCUCCAUGUGCCCUAUCAGGCCCUCAAGUCCGCCUUCGAAUGUGGAUACCUCCGUGUUCAGUACCUAACUCUCCUAGGGUGCCUAAGUAAGUGCAGCUUGUUUCUCAGGCUAUUUAGAUUGCUCUUAGCUACCCCAAAUUGCAAAUUUUGAGCACACUGGAUGCUUUUGCCAAGGAGAAUUGCUCUCAACUAUCCAAGAGGAUGAGAUAGAAAUGGCAUGUUUCUUGUAAGGAGACUGCAAGUGGCUCAGCCAGAUGUGGGGAAAGGAGGUAAAGCCACACCAACAUUGCAUGGAAAUCUGCUCGUACUCCUGGCUGCUGUGGCCAGCUGAGCUGUCAGCAAGGGGCCACGGGCAGGUGUGUGGGAGUAUUUUUGAUUAACUUUGGGGGGAAAAAAAAAGCUAAUUCUGUUGCUUGAAAGAGAAGGAUGUAGGAGGCAUAUGUUUGCUGCUAUAGUGCUCUGACAAUUGUGUUGACAAAAGCCCCUUGCCCAGAGAAAUACCCCUGGCAGUCAGCCUAGGAGAGGCAGUCAGAAUGAACAGAGCAGCGAGAGGCAGGCUGGAGGGGUCAUUGAAAAGGGGUGCAACAGCCUCCCUGUGUCCCUGUCCUGCACUGCUGCUCAUCCUGGCUGACCCUCCCACGCUGCAUUGGAAAACCAGAGUGCUUUUGCACACUGUUGAAACCUCAAAGCACUGAAUUUGGCUGACGUACGGAGUAUAGGGAACAGGGAUAGUAUGAUGCCUUUUGCCCUCCACAUUUAUAGUGUUAAGUAAAAGACCAGCAAUUAAUCUUUUAAGCUUUUUCAGCACGUCCCAUAAAGUUUCACUGUCACAGUCAUGUACAGAGACGUUGCCUGUGACCUGCCUUCUAAAAGUGAUUUGUUUCCACAAUGAGCAAUAGGAAAAAAAAAAUCUAAAAAUAGCAAUAAAUUGCAUUUACUGAGAGGUGUUUGUGACUGCGAAAUUGUGCCAACACUUGUAAAGGUUGUUCACCAGGGCCUGAGAGAGCAGCAGAGUGGUUUUGGACACUGCUGCAGCCACGUGAUGUGCUUCCCCGGGACGUGUUCCUAAUGCUGGUCAAUGGCUAUAUCCGUUCCAAAUCCAUCUGGACUUCUCAUUCCCUCAUAGUGAUGUUUAAUCUUUAAUUUUCUUCCAUAAAUUAACAAGAACAGAUGCAUUUUACUUAAAUGUUCUUCCUAUGCUGACUAUUGUUUUUUUCCUCUUUACACAUAAAGGACCCAAUCCAGCAUCCACUCUAGUGGGCUGGGAUAACUCUUUCACAGAUUUUAAUGAAGUUUUUUUAGGCCUGAAUCAUUCCACUGUCAGGGUCACUUGUGUGUACAACAUGCAUUCCUUCAGCUCUGUUUUCUGCCCAUUUCUGUGACAUUGUUGCUGCCUUUUCAUGUCGUAUUUAUUUUUUGGAUGUAUCCUUAUUACUGUAGCAGAACCUGUAUUAUGUGAGAUUGAACAGGUUGUUCAGGAUCUGUAACACCUUUCUGAGAAGAGGAUGAAUGUGAAUUUUGUAAAGUUUUUUUUUUUUUUUUUUUUACUGAUCAGCCAAUGUGUUUCCCAUUGUGUGAGAUCUUCUAGGGAUGUAGAGAUGCUUCAUGCAUUCACAGAUAAGAACUACCCAUCAGUUCACGUACUUGUGCCUUCAGAAAUGAAACGAUCUCACAGUUUUGAAAGGGGUAUGCACUGUGUGCUUGUAAGAUUUUGGGAGUCUUGCAAUGUGUAUUUAAUUCUUCAUUCCCUUGAACUGUUGGAAUUGAAAAGCAGGACAGAAAUCUGUAAAGAGGUAAGAAAAAAAAAAAAGAGGAAAUUUAGAAAGAAAGGAAGAAAAGAAAUAUACUUCCUUGUUUUGCAGAAGUAAACAUCGAAAUUGAGUGUAAUACUGUGGCUUCUGUACUGUAAGGUUAUGUUUGGGAUGACACGCCUCUUCUAUGUGUGGUUUCUGUUGUGUAUGAGUAAUAUCCUUGUUGAUGGAAAACCUAAAGUGGGUGCCUAAUGUUCCUCAAAAGUCAUGUGUAAAUGCUAAGUCCCCUGGUCUUCCUUCUGGUAAAAUGCUCAAAGGGAUGGGAGUCUUGCUCGGGUAAUUGCUGGAGCAGGUGGCCCACAAGUCUGUAAAACCCAAUAUGGAAGAGUCCUGGGGAAUGCAGUAAAAAGUGAUCAGUUCUCUUGAACAGUGCCACAGAAUUUGCCUGACAUAAAACGUCUGUUAUAAAAAAACAUUAGGAUGGUUAAUGUUAAAGAAAAAAGGACAGAUUAAAUAUUUAAUUCUUUCAUAGUGAAGUCUGUUUCAAAAGGUAAAUUUUAAGCAUUUGUUUGUGCUUCCUCUAUCAACCUGAAUGUAAACCUGCGUUAUGUUCUUCACAUUGUCCUGCUUCCCUCCCUGUAGCUCUGAUUGUUCGCUUCCAAGUUGCUGGGGUUCUAAGGACGUUUUCCAAACCAGUAUUAUUUAAAGUUGUAUCAUAUUUUCAGCCUUCACUAACUAUACAGUACUGUAGUAGCAAAAUAUAAUUUUUAAGGAUUGGACUAUUUUUAUACCUGCAUCCAAUAUUAUUAAAUCUGGCGUUCUAGUCAGUAUUAUAAAAGGAUACAAUAAAACUAUGAAUAUUA